AUGGCAACUGCCGUUGGUGGUGAUGACAACGAGUGGCAAAAAUUGCCAUGUGAAGAAAAAGUACAACAUAAAGCAUGGAAAGCUCGUAUGACUGGUUAUGAAGAAUGUGCAAAAUUAUUUCGUACACAAGAUUCGGAUAAAAGUCCUGAAUUUAGUAAAUAUCUUGGACUUGUUAAAAAAUUUGUUAUUGAU